GUCUGCUACGCUAGUAUACAGCGUAGCCUAUGGUAGCGUCGAAUGAAUCAUUAACACGCACCGACACACAGUAGGCUAGGGAAAUGACUGCUCCGCAGACCAUGGUAAUGCUCCGUCGGUAAGAUUAUGGGACCGGUAGUUGUAUCGACGAUGUGAACUCGGCGUACUCCGAAAUGGAUGUCGAGCGGGCACUUUACACGAUGGUGGCUCGUUUGGCUCGGACGGCGAUAGCUCACUGGAUCGAUGGUGACGGCUCCUGAACUCCUCGGACGGUACGGAAAGUUGCAUGGUUUCUGCUACGGUCAAUGACGAAGGUCCACACAGCUACUGUUGAGCAUCAAGGGAAAGGUCUGAUACCGGUAUAACAGUAUAUAUGUAUAAUACAUGGAAAACUUUAAAUGAUUGCGGUCCUUUGGCAGUGAUGGAAUUGGUUCCUCUGUUAGCUGUGAUUCUUUUAUACGCCGUCGUAGUUAACAAAGCUACGUUUGAAAAUGAUGGAAAUCUCGAGGCGUUACUCAAUCAUGUUUUAUGGGAACCAACCACGAGCAGUACGCCGACAACAGAAGAAGAAAAAGUUGUACCAUUUUUCGAUGAAACAGCUCCUUAUGUCAACUUAACUGUCCAAAUUGGAGCAAAUGUUGAUUUGCAUUGCAAAGUGAAUCAUUUAAACGAAAAAACGGUAUCGUGGGUCCGAAGAGCCGGUGAAAAAAUGCAACUACUUUCGUUCGGUCACCAUGUGUACAGUACAGACCAACGUUAUGAACUUCUGUUCAAGGAUCCAAAUGACUGGCAACUACGUAUAUCCUAUUUGAACGAAAGAGACGCUGGCCAUUAUGAAUGUCAAGUAUCAACCCAUCCACCAAUUACUUUCAGCGUAUAUCUAACUAUCAUAGUGCCUCAACUGGAAAUAACAGAUGAAAGAGGCGUUCAAGUGAAAGAUAAAUUUUACUAUGUGGGUAGCACUAUAGAACUCAAAUGCUAUAUAACCAAAGUACCUCAACCCAGUCAAUUCAUUGUAUGGCGUCACGAGUCGACAAGCCUAAAUUAUGACACUAGCCGAGGAGGAAUCAGCGUGAAGACCGACAUACUGUCUAAUGGAGCAAAGAGCAGACUUUUCGUAGCCAAUGCCCAGACUUCCGAUUCUGGGAAGUAUACCUGUUCACUAACUGAUAUUGCAAGCACGUCAGUUACCGUACACGUCCUAAACGGAGAAACUCCAGCUGCCAUGCAACACGGUGGCAGCAAUCGGUGUGGCAGAUUACAUUCGCUGUGGGUAAUGAUCACAUUUGCAUGGAUACUGUUUCGAUUAAGUUGACAUAAUUAAUACGCGAACAUAAACAGUGUUCCAUGCCGAUAUGUAACUUAUGAUAAUUAACUAUUGUUAUAACUUCUAUAAUCAUGUGAAACGGGGAAGAAAAAAAUCAAACAUGGCGUUAAUCCGUCGCAGUCAAAUAUAAAUACUGAAUGGAAAAUAUUUAAAUGUAACUAUAAUAUACAUGUAUAUAUUAUAUUUAA